GCCUACGGUGCCGGGCAGGCGAGCGGGCGGAGACUCAGCCGGCGGCCCGUCCCUUCGUCCCGGAGGGAGGAAACGGGGAGCCCCGUCGUCGUCGUCCGAGGGGAGGACGGCCAGACCUUGGAUCCCAGCCUCGCCCUUCGCCCCGCUCAGCAGCCGCGAUGCGGGAAACCCUCUUUAAGGACAACUUCUGGACAACAGAUUUGAUCAGCACAGCCGGAUAUGACAGCAUUGUCCAACAUUUGAACGACGGCAGGAAGAACUGCAAAGAAUUUGAAGACUUUUUGCGAGAAAGGGCUUCCGUGGAAGAGAGAUACGGGAAGGAGCUCAUCAGCUUGUCGCGGAAGAAGCCCUGUGGGCAGACAGAACUAAACACCCUUAGAAGAGCACUGGAGGUUUUCAAGCAACGAGUAGAGACUGUUGGUCAAGUUCAUAUGCAACUAGCCCAGAAUCUCCGGGAAGAAGCAAAGAAAACUGGAGGAUUUCAGAGACAAGCAAAACUCCAUCGUAAAAAGAUUGAACUUAUAAUGGACGCCAUUCACAAAAACCGGAAUCUGCAGUACAAGAAGACCUUAGAAGCCAAGAGGCUCUACGAACAGCGAUGCAGAGACAAAGACGAAGCAGAGCAAGCCGUUCAUCGGAGCAGCAACCUGGUGACCCCGAAGCAGCAGGAGAAGCUGUUUGUAAAACUUGCUCAGGCCAAAACUGCCUUGGAAGAUUCAGACAGGAUGUAUCAGAACAAUGUCAACGCUCUGGAGAAGAUCAGAGAGGAAUGGCAGAAUGAGCACAUGAAGAGUUGUGAGUUCUUCGAGAGCCAAGAAUGCGAGCGGAUCAACUACUUUCGGAACGCUAUGUGGUUGCAUAUCAACCAGCUGUCGGAAGGCUGUGUCAAGAAUGACGAUAAUUACGAAGAGAUCCGCAAGGCCCUCGAGCAGUGCAGCAUCGCGAACGACAUAGAGAGUUUUGUACAUAUUCGCAAGACCGGAAGCCUCCCUCCAGUCCCUGUAGUCUACGAAAAUUAUUAUAACACACAGAGGAACACAGGGGCCAGAAGAAGCCAGGUUCCGGUGUCUGGCACGAGACCCCAGAUGCCUAUCCCUUCCAGCGAUACAGGGGAAGCUAACUAUGCUUCUGUGGAUGGGUAUACCUUAAUUCACCCUCACUAGCCCAGAGAUGAUCUCGGGGGUUUUUCAAUGGACGAUACCUCUAUGAGGAACGGAACGGCAGCAUUUUGAAAGCUGUCUCCCUCUACGUUCCCCCAAAUGGAGUUUUGCUCUUUUUUUGGGGGGGGGGUGCAGCCAUUAUUAUUUUAAAAGCACAAUCCAAAGAGAACAUUUUGGAGGGGUGGAGGAUGGUUGCCCUCCACAGCCGAAAAGCACCGAGAGAAUGCUAAUUUCCUGGCAAAUAACGUCAAUAUCCUGUUGUUUUAUUCGUUUGAAGGAAGGGAUAAAAAGUGUUAUAUAUAUAAAAAAAGUCAAGAUGGCGGCUGUAGCAUCAACUGCAUCAUCACAGCCACAAUCUAGCCUUUUUUUGGCCACAUCCUUGUACUCCCCCCCUGCCUCUUUAAUUUGUAAAAGGGGAAGGGGUUUGACAUCGAAAGGAUUACACGUAUGGGUGAGUUACCUUAAAAUUGGGUGUCUUGGGAAACACUGCAGUUUUUAACCUGACCUACCUCACAGGGGUGUUGUGAGGAUGGAACAAGACAAUCCCGAUGCAUUGGCUUUCAUUCUUAGAUCUUCCUUAAUUCUCUUGGAGAGCGCUGGGAAAGCUUACAGAGGUCUGAUUACCAGGCUCAGUGGCUAAGACACUGAGCUUGUCGAUCGGAAAGGUCGGCAGUUCGGCGGUUUGAAUCCUUAGUCCAGGCCUCCUGCGUGAGCAGGGGGUUGGACUAGAUGACCUCCAAGACACCAACUCUGUUAUGUUUUACUGUGUACCUUCCUUUUUGCUUUUUAGUCUUGGCUAAAACCCAGUGAAAUCUCAAGCAAAUGGACCCUUCCUGAUUCAACAAGAAAGAUUCAAUGAGCAAUAAUAAUUAAAAUACUGAUUUGUCUGCAAA